AGAAGCGCUGUGUGUUUGUUUAGAUUUCCGAGGACAAAAUGGGGACUCACUCCGGCUCCGUCUGCUUGUUGGUACUCUUCGUGGCGCUGUCGCGCUCAUCGGCGUCCUCAGAAGUGUUCGACAGUGUGUUGGGAAGCACCGUCUCUUGCCACAAAUCAUGUGAAAUGACCUACAGUUUGCACACUUAUCCGCGGGAAGAGGAACUCUACGCGUGUCAGAGAGGCUGCCGUCUCUUCUCCAUUUGUCAGUUUGUUCGUGACGGCGACGACCUGAAUAAAACCAAAUCAUCGUGCGAAUCCACCUGUCAUGAAGCCUACACACAGUCUGAUGAGCAGUAUGCAUGCAACCUGGGCUGUCAGAAUCAGCUUCCAUUUGCUGAGCAGAGACAGGAGCAGUUGGAAGCCAUGAUGCCCAGGAUUCACAUGCUCUACCCCCUGACUCUUGUCAGAGGACUCUGGGAUGAUAUGAUGAAUCAGGCUCACAGCUUCAUCACUUCCACAUGGACAUUCUACCUACAGGCUGAUGAUGGCAAAGUUGUCAUUUUCCAGUCUGUGCCAGAAGUCAAGUUUUUCUCCCUGUUUGAGAUUGAAAACGACGACAAUGUGGAGCAAGAAAAAAGCUUCCCUGAGCUGAGCAGACCAGUUUACAAAGAAUACCAACGCUCUUUUAUUCAGGAGAGGGACCGAGACUUGACCGGGGACGAUGAAUAUGGCCUGUUUGGAUGUCUUUCAAGGAACCCUUGGCUACCAGGAUGGAUCCUGAGCACAACUCUGAUCCUGUCCGUGUUGGUCCUGAUCUGGAUCUGCUGUGCCACUGUGGCAACUGCUGUAGACCAGUAUGUACCAGCUGAGAAAUUAAGCAUCUAUGGUGAUGGAGACAUGAAGGAAAAGAAACUGAUUCCAUAUCCAGCAUCCUCCUUACUGAUUGUCACUUCCAAAGGGGCAGAAGAAGAGGCUGGGCCACUCCCCUCCAAAGUGAACUUGGGUCAGUCUGACGUCUAGAAGCCAAAACUGAAACAGAAGGGACAUUUUGCUCUACAAAUUAUCUUUAGUUGAUUUUUUUUCUUUUUCUUUUUUUUUUUUUUUUUAAUCCUCUGGCACGAGACCUGUGCUUCUUGUGGUCCUAACAGGAGUUAGUACUUGCAAAACAUUUUGUAUCACUGAUAUCAUGUCUCGUCUUGCUUUUGAUGCUUUUAUAAUUGGAGUGAUGUGUGGCUUUUUCCCCCUGUGUAUUGGUAUAAUCGAGGCAUUAUAGUAAUGGAAAUACAAGUCAAAUAGGUUUGGGAUUUUUCCUCCAGUUUGCAUUAGCACUCGUGUACUUUAUUAAAUGUUUAUAUGAACGGCUUGACUUGAACGAAGAAGUGAAAAGUAGCUUCAUCCAGAAUCUCAACUUUUGGUGGCUGUACUAAUAUUUCUGUUCAUGAUUCUACUGCUGUGAUUUCUAAAUUAUAAUGAAUUUUACAAUAAAAUUCUAUGCUCUUGAUCUUAAUGAAUAGUGAUGGUUACAUGCAGUAGUUCCCCACCCACUUUGCUGUUUUCUACAUAACAUUGAAUCAACAUUAAAGUGGAGAGAAGUUGUUGGACUUGA